CUCUCCCGCCGCCCGCCUCGUCACUGCGCAAGGCACACAGCGCAGGCAACGCACCGCACCGCACCGCACCGCACCGCACCGCACCGCAACGCAGCGCCAUUCCCCGCUUUCGUUGAUUCCAUCCCCUCAGCCUUUGAUCUCGGAGCAAACAACCGCGAGUCAGUAAAUUCGACCACGACACACUACACUUCCCCGCCCUCCUCCUCCUCCUCCUUCGACUGCCACCAUGGUGCGAGAAACCAAGUUCUACGACGUGCUCGGCGUCUCGCCCGACGCCGACGAGGCUAAGCUCAAGACCGCAUACCGAAAGGCCGCUCUGAAGCACCACCCAGAUAAGAAUGCACACGACCCGAGCGCCGCGGAAAAGUUCAAGGAAAUCUCCCACGCAUACGAAGUCCUCUCAGACCCACAGAAGCGCCAGCUUUACGACCAGUAUGGCGAAGAGGGCCUCGAGCAAGGCGGUAUGGCUGGCGGAGGCAUGGCCGCCGAGGAUCUGUUCGCACAGUUCUUCGGAGGUGGCGGUGGAGGAUUCGGCGGCAUGUUCGGCGGCGGCAUGAGAGAUCAAGGUCCCAAGAAGGCACGCACAAUCCACCACGUCCACAAGGUCUCCCUCGAGGACAUCUACCGAGGCAAGGUCUCCAAGCUUGCCCUCCAAAAGUCCAUCAUCUGCUCAAAAUGUGAGGGUCGAGGCGGCAAGGAGGGCGCUGUCAAGACAUGUGGAGGUUGCAAUGGACAAGGAAUGAAGACCAUGAUGCGCCAGAUGGGCCCUAUGAUCCAGCGCUUUCAGACCGUCUGCCCUGACUGUAAUGGUGAGGGCGAGACCAUCCGCGAGAAGGACAAGUGCAAGCAGUGCAACGGCAAGAAGACUGUCAUCGAGCGCAAGGUUCUGCACGUGCACGUCGACCGUGGCGUGCAGAGCGGCACCAAGAUCGACUUCCGAGGCGAGGGUGAUCAGACCCCGGGUGCCCAGCCAGGCGACGUUCAAUUCGAGAUCGAGCAGAAGCCACAUCCACGUUUCCAACGAAAGGGCGACGACUUGUUCUACCACGCCGAAAUUGAUCUUCUUACAGCACUUGCUGGAGGUGCCAUCUACAUCGAGCACCUCGACGAGCGCUGGCUGACCGUUGAAAUCCUGCCAGGCGAGGUCAUUUCACCUGGCGAGAUCAAGGUCAUCCGUGGCCAGGGUAUGCCAUCCUACCGACAUCACGACUUUGGCAACCUUUAUGUGCAGUUUGAAGUCAAGUUCCCGGAGCGCCUCUCUGGACCACCGGAUGCCGACGGCUACCCGACACCUCUGAGCAAGGCGCAGAUUCAAGCCCUCGAAUCUGUAUUGCCCCCACGCAUGCCGCAGCACAUCCCACCGCCAGACGCCAUGACCGAAGACUACCAGCUCGAGAAGGUUGACCUGACGCGGGAAGGCGAUCGCGCAGCAAGAGCCACCGACGAAGAUGACGAGGACAUGCAAGGCGGCGAGAGAGUACAGUGCGCAUCACAAUAAGCGCCAAGGACAGACAGAGAUACCCAUGAAUCUAGAGUGUGGAGAUGACGCUAUGAGGGAUGGGCGUGAUACACUGGGCAAGCCAGUAGCUUGCUGAAUUCCACUGCCAAAUCGAUAGUCUUCGGGCUACUCGAGUUGGAAUGGAAAAGCGUGCGUUCGGAAACGCAAUGAGCGUGAUAGAUCUGAAUAUGCGAUGGUGCUUCACAUGGUUCUGGCACAGUUUACGUCGUUUUCACGAGCAUGGCCUGCUUGCCUGCGGCCGUUUGGGGCGUUCGGCGUGGAACAAAGCUCCGUUGGGAAUCGAUAGCGUUAGCUGUACUGAAUGAAGUUUUUGAAGUAU